AUGGCAAACGAUCUCAUAGCUGAAAUCUCGCGCCUAGGUCUUGAAGACCUCAACACUCCAGCCUCAGCAUCGAUCACCGACGUUCAGCACCUCUCAUCCUACAACUGGGUCGAAGCGCCGAAAGCCACACCCACGAUCGCCGUCCCUGGCAGUCCAGACCUGUGGUCCCCUCCCAACCGCCCCUUCCGAUUGGAAAAGGACACUGGCCACAUCUACAUUGCUCAAAAUGCAGCACGACACCCAGACAGCCCUCUCGAACCGCUCUUCCGGGCGUUGUACGUCUCACAUCCAUCCUUCGACAUCACCUCCAUCGACGUCGUGACCGACCGGAACAACAUCCGCAAGCUCCUUGCCUUUGUGAACCCUCGCUGGAACAGCUACAAACGGGAAGCCUUCACCAUCCACGUCGAGGUCACGAACAAUACUGCCAUCCUCUGCCGCGAGGAGACCAAAACGGACGAGUACAUAGGCCCGAACGAGUUCAGAGGUUAUGGCCAUUCGUUCGAGAAGAACUGCACUAGCCGCAAAGUCAGCGGGAGUACGGGGCACCACAGGAUCAUAUCGUACCGCUUCGGUGGCCUAACGUUCAUGAUCCGACAUGAGACGGACGGUUAUGUUGGCGUCGCUGGCACCCAGCUGAGCCCGCAACCCCCGGCCAACCAAGCGCCGGAGCUCGACGACCUCUCCAGCAUCCUAGGCUCCCUGUCGCUAUCUCCUGAAAGCAGCACUCCUGGGAAAAGCUCUCUUGUUGGCCCCAAACUGGUAACCCGAAAGGAAGGCCAAGUGGUUUCGCUCCCCUCAACCCUCGAGAUCAAAACCCGCGUCGCGCACAGACCUCUUGCUUUCGAGGACGUCGUCUCACAGCUCUGGGUCUCACAGACGCCCAAGCUCGUCCGCGCCUACCACAACAGGGGCGUGUUUGCGGUCCCUAAAGUGGAAGAUGUAGCGGUCCAAGUUAAGACCUGGGAAGACCAGAACCAGAAAGACCUCAGAAUGCUGGCCGGCCUGAUCGGGAAGAUUCGCGAGAUGGUGAAAGAGAGUGGCGGGAGAGCAACACUGAGGUAUAAUGCUAUUGGAGACAAGUUGGGCUUUUACAAAUUGGGAGGGAAGCAGAUGCUGCCGGAGGGCUUUAAGUGGGAAGAACACAAGGACGGCGGGAACGAAAGAGAAUAUAGUUGCUGA